GCGGUGCGGUGCAUUGCAAUAUCGAUCACAGAUCCUAUGAGACGCAGGCGGACCGGCAGCUUGGCGGCACAUGGCCAGAUGACAUCAUGCUCCAGUAUUACUCCCCUCCCUCCCUAGCUCUGUCCUUCUACCUUUUCCUUCUUCUUGGUUUCUUCCCCUAUUCUUUUCUCUCACCCUCUUUUUCUUUAUCCCCGCUUCGCUGGACCUCUCCCAAUAACCCUUGCUACCACCUGGAUGGGCGUCCUCGCCACUGCCUGUCAGAUUUCGUUAACGCUGCCUACGGUGUGCCAGUACAGGCAGAGGACCUGCUUCAGGGAGCGGAGAGGAACAUCAGCACCCUAACUGACCUCCAUAAUCUCCAUAAUCUGACCUGCUGGACUGCUUCGGCACGUUCGGUUUCUGCGGAAUGGACCCUAAGUGUUCCCCUUGGAAGGCGUUUUGAGGUCACGUACAUCAGCCUGCAAUUCUGCCAGCAUGUGGAGCUAAUUGAACCUUUCUCCAUUUCCAUUCUAAAGUCAAUGGACUUUGGGCGAAGUUGGCGCCCACUGCAGUAUUACUCCAGCGACUGCAUGGGGAGAUUCGGACUUCCUCCACAGUCCACUGCUCUCAGCAGACAUCAGGAGACCGAGUCUCUGUGCUCUGAUCCCAGGCCCUUUCAGAAACACCGUGGUGGAGUCAUAUUGGCCUUCUCAACCCUAGAUGGACGCCCUUCCUCCGCAGAUUUUGAAUACAGUCCAGGUCUUCAAGACUGGGUGACUGCCACUGACAUCAGGAUAGUGUUCCAUCAGUCACAGAGUAAAACGGUUAAGCCAGAAAAGAAACCAGAUGAAAUGGACAGGACUCUGAAAUGGACAGCAGGGUCUAAAAAUGAAGUGACUCAAGGUGAGAGCGUUUGGUUUACUGAAACAAAUGGUCGCAGGAAAGGGGAGUCGAGAAGGAUCCGCAACAAGAGUUCCUCACAAGGAAGUGGACACAACGUGACCCGCAAACAGACAGACACUCAAGAUGGCAGAGACAAAGAAAGAGGUCGUAAGAAAGAUUCACCUCGUUGGAUGUCAUGCCAGGAGGGUGUCUGUGAGUGGAAUUUUGAAAGUCAGGGGCGUGGCUCAAAGGGGAAGGAGUUGAGAAAGCGAAGGAAUAACGCAAGAAAUAAAAGAGCUCGUUCCAGAACGAGGAACAAGGCUAGACAUCGUCUUUCACUGUCCUCAUUGUUGGCUGCACCCACCCUUCCUCUUGCUCUCUCUGAUAUUCAGGUGGGUGGCAGGUGUAAAUGUAAUGGCCAUGCCUCCCGCUGUCGACGUGAUGAGCAGGGUCAGGCGAUGUGUCAGUGUGAGCACCACACUGCUGGACCCGACUGCGAUGUCUGUGAGCCCUUCUAUUAUGAUCGCCCUUGGCAACGUGCGACGCCCACCCAGCCACACCCGUGCGUCCCAUGUGAGUGUAAUGGUCACUCCACUAAGUGCAAAUUCAGUAUGACAGUGUUCCAGCAGUCAGGCCGGGUCAGUGGAGGAGUUUGUCUGAAAUGCAGGCACCACACAACCGGACGCCAGUGUCAGUUCUGUCAGAACGGCUACACCCGGGAUCACAGCAAGCCCCUCAACCACCGCAAGACCUGUCAACCGUGUGAGUGCCAUUCGGUGGGUGCAGUGGGGCGCUGGUGUAAUCAGUCCACAGGCCAGUGUCUGUGCAAGGAGGGAGUGACAGGACAAAAGUGUAACCGCUGUGCUCCAGGAUACAAACACGGUCGCUCCCCACUCCGACCCUGCAUCCGCAUCCCGGAGGUCGCUCCGCCAACCCCGAUGUACCAGCCCCAAUAUAGCAUAGAUGAGGAGUGCCUCUCCUACUGCCAGCCUUCUCAAGUCAAAGUCAGAAUGAAUCUUGAGACCUUCUGCCUUAAAGACUAUGUAUUAAAAGUACAGGUUAGGGCUAAGGAGCGCUCCGGUCCAUGGUGGCAGUUUUCUGUGUGGGUGCAAUCUGUGUUCCGUGUUGGAUUGUCUCAAGUUAAAAGAGGUCUCCAGUCCCUCUGGGUUCCCGAUCGUGAUGUGAGCUGUGGAUGCCCCGGACUUCAAGUUGGCAGAACCUUCCUCUUGAUUGGUGGAGAGGAAAACAAAAGAGGCUGGGCCCCAGGAGAAAGGCGAAUGAUCGCAGAUCGGUCCACAAUGGCCCUUCAGUGGCGAGAACACUGGAAUGCCAAACUGAGAGGAUUCCGGAGCCAGGACAGCAAAGGAAAGUGUGUUCCGAACACGAACUCUACGACACGGACACACUCUCAUCUACAGACACAUGAAGAGUACAUCCCACCACAUCUUAAACAGCAUGAGUGGCAGCCUUUGUCAAAGUCUGAUCACACACACUCACACAACAAUGCUUCUAACCCACAUAAAGACAGCAUGAAUGUACAAAAUAAACAAAGACAUCUUGGUCAUGACAGUGACAGAUCCCAUAAUGAAGACACCCAGAGUUUACUGCAGGAAACACAACCUCCUCAACCUUCUACAUCAGAUCUUCCUGCAAAAACAAGUCCACUUUAUAUGCAGCAGCAACCAACUAUUUUGCCUACGUGGUCAUCUUCUGUUACACAUGAACUGAAAAAGGAAAGAUUAAUAGAAAUGGAGAGCAAACAUUAAAUAACCAUUGAGGCAAAUAUAUCAGAUUUCCCAAAGUAAACCAAAUCACCCACAAAGUAUU